AUGUUUAUGAUCAAAAAUGGUAUGAUAUUCCGGUCCCGGUCCAUAAUUCUGAAGUCGCGAACACCGCUACUAACGCGGAACCCUCAAAAUAUAGUGAGCAAAUAUCUCUUUGGAGACGUUUCCAAGGAGGUCAUCACCGAGAUCCCUCAAGGCCAGCUCUAUCUGGUCCGCCCCCUCUCCCCGAAAGGCUAUUCUGAGCUCAUCUACAAAGAUGCCGUUGCGAGCAUUCGACGAACUGGUCAAGAGUUUCAGUACCAGCUGGUAAUACAGAGGGCAUACGAGGAAGGUGAAGAGGAGCUGGCAGAAGAUGACGAAGACGAAGGAGUUGAUGCCUUGGAUAAAGACGAAAAGACAUUCCUGCUUGAUCAAGAUCUACAUUUCAGAUCUGAACAGAGAUCUGGCGGUGAGACUGUUUUGGCCUGGCGAGAUUUAAGCGGAGAUCCGGGCGACCUUUAUGAGUUCGUCUGCGAUACUUCAAUCCAACAAGAAAAGAUCCAGACGUUCUUGCUCGCUGCAAUUGACUGUCAGUAUGAACGCAAACAUCGAAGGUCGGCCCAAAGAGCAACCGAUGCCGAACUUAGAGAGUUUUACUUUGACAACGAGGACGCCAUUCCAGCUGCCAGCUCGGUUUCCCCUGCCAAGGACGACAUACCUACCUCGAAGGAGUCAGCCCAGCGCAUGGCCAAGGAUGUGACAUCUCCCCGCAAAGCGAAUGAAUCGAAGACCACAGGUGUUGUCUCAGCAACUACGGAAGCGCCGUCUGCAAAGACUGCGCCAGCCUCUGGAGAGGUAUUGACCAAGCAGAAAGCCGAGUUGCAUCUCUUUGAUUUCCAAACAUCAACCUUUAUCUUACAGGAUGCCUCCGUCUUUGCUGUUGUUACUGAUCUUGGAAAGUGGCAAUAUUGGCUGCAGAUUACAAGCUCUGACGGCCGUGAGUGGCUGGGCCAACAAAUUGUUGCUGAUAUAAAUCCAGUGUUCAAUUUUGAAUACUUGUCAGCGAUUUUCAACCAUUACACCGAUGACGGCUCAGCGUAUUCUUGGCUUCUACGGUUUCAGGACCAAGCCACUCUCGAGAACUUUCAAGAAGGUAUCAUGCAAGCAUUAUGGGAGCAACUUAAUGAAAUGAAGUGGGCGAAAGUCAACGAGCCCGAGCGAGAGUAUGUUUUUGAAGCUUUUAAUGAGCUGACCAUGGACGACGUUCCAGAAGAAGCCGAGGAAGAUGAGGAGGACGAAGAAGACGAGGGCGAGGAUGAUGGCGCUCAGCGAAGUGAGCAUUACGAUACGGACGAAUCCGAGGAUGAUCUCGAUUUACGGGAUAGUGAUGGCAACGUGAAUUCCCAGUUGGCAGUCGGCACCAAACACGACAGGUCCUUCGUCAUUCGAGGGUCUAAGAUCGGCGUCUUCAAGCAUCUUCCAAACCGGCAUCUUGAAUUUACCACCAACAUUUCCAAGGUCGAAACCCCAAAAGGCAAGCUAUUCAGACCGAACAAAGUCAUGCUGCACGCCGAAGACCAGAACAUGGUGCUACAAGACGAGUCCAAUCCCAACGCCCUUUACCGUAUGGACCUGGAAUACGGCAAGAUCAUAGACGAGUGGAAAGUCCACGACGAUAUUCCAGUGACGAAUUUUGUGCCGGAAACAAAAUUCUCUCAGCAGACGUCGGCGCAGCCAUUUAUUGGUCACAGCAGGAAUGCCCUUUUCCGAAUCGAUCCUCGUGUUGCUGGCAACAAGCUCGUCGAGGCCCAACUGAAACAAUAUGUUUCUAAGAACGACUUUUCGGCCGCUGCCACGACAGAAAAGGGCCAUGUCGCCGUCGCCUCUAAUAAAGGUGAUGUCCGUCUCUUUGACCGCCUGGGUGUCAAUGCUAAGACUCACAUCCCUGCGCUCGGUGAAUCUAUCAUUGGUCUUGAUGUCAGUGCUGAUGGGCGCUGGCUACUUGCUACAUGCCGUACCUACCUACUUUUGAUCGAUACUUUGCAAAAGGACGGUAAAUACGAGGGCAAGCUGGGCUUUGAGCGCUCUUUUGCCAAAGAUAGCAAGCCCCAGCCACGCCGUCUUGCUCUGACCCCCAGUCACGUCGCGCAAUUCCAGCAUGAGACGGGGGCUCCUCUCUCCUUCACCCCGGCAAAGUUCAACGCCUCACCGGAAAACCCAGAAACCAGCAUUAUCACGUCAACGGGGCCGUUCCUCGUUACCUGGAACCUUAAGAAGGUCAUCGCUGGCAACAAGGAUCCUUACCAGAUCAAGCGAUACGGCGACAAGGUUAUGGCAGAUAAUUUCGAGUUUGGGUCCGACAAGAAUGUCAUCCUGGCCUUACCAAACGAAGUCGACAUGGUUAGUCGAAAGAGUUUCAAGAAGCCAACGAGGGAAAGUAUAGCUGGGCCAGCCGCGAGGUUGAGUGCGGGAGGCUUAGCUACACCUCGCCGAAGUGGCAGACAAAGUCACCUGCGAGACGAAAUUGUGAACAGUCCGUAUUAG